UGCCAACUGUCGCAAGUUUUCGAAUGCCCAUAGAAUGUGUUUUCAAAUCGAAAUUGUCGCGCACUCGAAACGGACGCGUCGCGCUCGGCACUAAAAACGCUAAACGAUUCUCUAACGGUAGAACGUUGCAGGAACACGGCUUUAAAUAUCGAGUCUUGAAAGUCUGGUUCACAAUUGUUGAAUAUAUUUGAAUGCAUUUGAAUACCUUAUGAGUGUUUUGGUGAUUAAUUGCAAACGAGUUCAGCAAACGAUCACAAAUCCAUGUGCAAUAUUAUUGUUAAUUUAGUGAUAAAUAUCUAAUGGAAUACAAAAAUAAAGACAAAUAAAUAGAGAUACUUUUGAUUAAGAAACUAAGAAAAAGAGACACCACCUGACAAUUACCACCUGCACCCCAUCGGCACAAGCCCCCCAACCGAGCCAUGACGAGCAUCUCGGCCCUGCUCCACCGGAGUCACAGCCACGGUGGCAUUGGUGGAUACACGAGCAGCGGCAGCGGGAGCGGGUGCAGCAACCACAGUCACAGUAGCAGCCUCUCGCCGCAGUUGCCCGGCAUUUUGGGCAUGGGCCUGGUACCAGGAUCCGGGGACAGGACACCGCCACCACCGCAGCCCACCGACCUCGUCAUGCCAGCGGCUCCGACGCCAGUGCCACCCAAACUGCACCACCAUCAUCAUCAGCAUGGCGGCAGCAGUUCCAAUACCAAUUCCAAUUCAAGCUCCCAAUCCCAUUCCAAUUCAAAUCCCGGGUCGCAUCACGGCCACGACCACAUUAAGAGACCCAUGAACGCGUUCAUGGUCUGGUCGCGGGGACAGCGUCGCAAAAUGGCCCAGGACAAUCCAAAAAUGCACAAUUCCGAAAUAUCGAAGCGCCUGGGCGCCGAGUGGAAAUUGCUCACCGAAGGACAGAAGCGUCCAUUCAUCGACGAGGCAAAACGAUUGCGGGCCCUGCACAUGAAAGAACAUCCCGACUACAAGUAUCGACCUCGUCGCAAGCCCAAGACUCUCAACAAAUCGCCAGUGCCGGGCGGUGGUGCUGGUGGCGGUGGUGCAGGUAGCGGAAUGGGUGGCUCUGUCGGUGCAGGUGGAAAUCCGGCUGGAGGCAAUGGCAUUUCUGGUGGAUCGUCCACGCCGAAGGACAUGCAGCCGCAACUAUCGCCACUGGGACAGACGCUGCCGCACCUGCACGGUCAUCCCCACCAUCCACAUCAUCCCCAUCACCUGCACCACCACCAUACGCCAACGCAGCACCCGCACCACCCGCAUCCUCCGCAUCCGCACCACGUCCAGUUGGCCGCCGCCGCCACCUUGAGCGCCAAGUACGGUUUCGGUGCGCCGCUGGAGCUCUCCCUGCCCCGCCUGCCGAACGCCUUCCCCGGCCUCGCCCACUACCCGCUGGAUCCCACGCUGGCCCUGGACCUACAGGCCCGCCUGCAGGCCAUGUAUGCCGGUAGCAUCUACCAUCCGUGGCGUUACCUGCCGCUUAUAAGCCCGGAGACACCGCCCUCGCCGCCCAGCAGCAGCGGCACCGGCAUCUCCUCCUACGGUUGCGUCAAGUCGGCCAAGUCCUCGCCAGGAUCGGUGACCACCACCCCGCCAAACAUUAUUUGACCGACUCCAUUGCGCUACGGCGCCGGAACCGGCACCGGCAGUACCGCCGAGCAUGCCGUUUAGAAUCCACUGGGACUUCCAAGGGCAAGCCCCCGGAAUCCGCCGAAACUUAAAUCCUAAUGUUAGAGCCUAGUGUUAGUUGAAUAUUUGUGCAUUUUUCUUGGUAGCUUAAAGUUGUCCAUUUGUGUUUUUAUUUUUUAUUUAAAGAUUCAAUAGA